AUUCGUUCGUUUCGUGUUUCAAUCUUCUCUCCGUCUCCGAUCAACGUGCAGCAACAGAAAGCCCCGCUGGGAAUUCAGUGUUCAGCUUUCAUCUUCUUUCCGCCGGAGACUUGAACGUGCAGCUCGUCCAACUCCCGGGCGGAAACAUGGAAACUUCCGUCCUCGGAUUCCUUGGUAAUUUUGGCGCCCGAUAAGGUGGGGAAGAAGAAGAAGAAGAAAGGAAAGGUAUAUUUGUAAUUGCAAGUAAAUUUUUCAAUGAGUGGGAAUGAGUUCCGCUUCUUCUUGUCGUAUGACAUCAAUCUCCCUGUCACAUUCCGAAUCGAGAGAUUGGAAGGAUCACUGCCUCCUGUCGAAUUCCCCGAUUCUGGAAUUGAUCCUGCUGCGGAAGAGAGAAGAGCAGAGUUGUAUGUUGAGUGUGUAUUAUGUAUGGAUGGCGCUCCCUUUGGUCUUCCCAUGAGAACAAGGUUAGAGACCAAUGGAUCGGCUUACUGCUGGAAUGAACUCAUCACGUUGAGUACUAAAUAUAGAGACCUCGGUAGAUACUCACAGCUUGCUUUAACAGUUUGGGAUGUUUCCCAUGGAAAAAAUGAAGGCCUAAUUGGUGGGGCUACCAUUCCUCUUUUCAACAGUAAGUUGCAACUCAAAACAGGCAAGCAGAAGCUUAGGCUUUGGUUGGGCAAAGUAGCUGAUGGAUCAUUUCCAACAACUACUCCUGGAAAGGUCCCCAGGCAUGAGCGUGGAGAAUUGGAACGUUUAGAAAAGCUUCUGAAUAAAUAUGAAAGGGGGCAGAUUCAGCGUGUAGAUUGGCUUGAUUGGCUUACGUUUAAAGCUAUGGAGAAAAUCAAAGGCCUCGAGAGCUCUAAAACUGGGAGUUCACACCUGUACUUGGUUGUUGAUUUCUGUAGCUUUGAACAUAGAGUUGUUUUCCAGGAAUCAGGGGCAAAUUUUGUAUUACCAUCACCUAUUUCUUCAACAAAUGAACUUGUUAUUGUUUGGGACCCUGAAGUGGGUAAGAUAAAUCCUUCUGAGCACAAGCAACUGAAGCUAGCAAGGAGCUUAACCCGAGGUAUCAUUGACAAGGAUUUGAAGCCAAGCAACAAUGAGAGAAAGUCAAUACAAAGAAUUUUGAAAUACCCACCAACACGAUAUUUGAGUGGAGAUGAGAAACAGCUGUUGUGGAAAUUUCGCUUCUCGUUGAUGACUGAGAAGAGGGCACUCACAAAGUUUCUCCGAUGUGUGGAGUGGAGUGAUGUUCAGGAAGCAAAACAAGCUCUAGAGUUAAUGGGCAAGUGGGAAACAAUUGAUGUCUCUGAUGCACUUGAGCUUCUAUCUCCCCUUUUUGAAAGUGAAGAGGUUCGUGCAUAUGCUGUCAGUGUUCUGGAGAGAGCUGAUGAUGAAGAGCUCCAAUGUUACUUGCUUCAACUAGUUCAGGCUCUUAGAUUUGAACGAACAGACAAAUCUCGGCUUUCUCAGUUCCUAGUGCAACGCUCAUUAAACAACAUUGAGUUGGCUAGCUUUCUCCGAUGGUAUGUUGCUGUCGAGUUUUAUGAUCACGGUUAUACCAAACGCUUCUAUUGUACUCAUGAGCUACUGGAAGAGAAUAUGAUGAAGUUGCAAGCUGGUCCAGAUGGAGAAGAUGGAUUCAAGUUGUGGCAAAGUUUGGUGCGGCAGACAGAAUUGACAGCACAGUUGUGUUCUAUAAUGAGAGAUGUCAGAAAUGUGCGAGGAAAUACUCAAAAGAAAAUUGAAAAGCUUAGGCAGCUUCUAUCUGGGCUUCUUAGUGAACUCACUUAUUUUGAGGAGCCCAUACGAUCUCCACUGGCUCCAUCUCUCCUUAUUACCGGCAUUGUGCCUUCAGAGUCAUCAAUAUUCAAAAGUGCACUGCAUCCUUUACGCCUGACUUUCAGAACACAGACUGGUGGAACUUCUAAGAUCAUUUUUAAGAAGGGCGACGAUAUUCGACAAGACCAAUUGGUCGUUCAAAUGGUAUCUCUAAUGGAUCGCUUGCUAAAGUUGGAAAAUCUUGAUCUGCACUUGACUCCAUAUAAAGUCCUUGCUACUGGACAAGAUGAAGGCAUGCUUGAAUUCAUCCCAUCACGGUCUUUGGCUCAGAUACUCUCAGAGCAUCGUAGUAUUACAAGCUAUUUGCAGAAGUUUCACCCUGAUGAUCGUGGCCCCUUUGGUAUUACUGCCACUUGCCUGGAGACGUUUAUCAAAAGCUGUGCUGGCUAUUCGGUCAUCACGUAUAUUUUGGGCAUUGGAGACAGGCACUUGGACAACCUUUUGCUUAGAGAUGAUGGGCGUAUGUUCCAUGUUGACUUUGGUUUUAUUCUCGGCCGAGACCCCAAGCCAUUUCCACCACCAAUGAAGCUCUGCAAAGAAAUGGUAGAGGCGAUGGGUGGUGCAGAAAGUCAAUACUACACCCGGUUCAAAUCUUACUGCUGUGAAGCAUACAACAUCCUCCGGAAAUCAAGCAACCUGAUUCUGAACCUUUUCCAUCUGAUGGCGGGUUCCAACAUCCCAGACAUAGCUUCUGACCCGGAGAAGGGCAUACUCAAGCUCCAGGAGAAGUUCCGGCUAGACUUGGACGAUGAAGCUGCCAUCCACUUUUUCCAGGAUCUUAUCAACGAGAGUGUCAGCGCUUUGUUUCCGCAAAUGGUUGAGACCAUUCACAGGUGGGCUCAGUACUGGCGCUAAACGCACCGCUCAACCCUCCUAGUUACAGAAAGAAAACGAUGGUACAAUGGCCGGCAAACACAAACGGGAUCUAUGUUCUCUGUUCUUGGGCUUGCUCGUCGUAGGAGCUGGAGUCUGCAACUUGGGAGCCUCUUCCAGAUCUAGAUGGUGGGGUAGUCCCUCGUUGCUGGCCUCAUCUUCAAGGUGAAGCCAUUCCCUUCUUUUCCUCUCCAACCUCUCUAGGUGUUUGAGUGGCUUGGUGAGCCGUCGGAUGGUGGUGGGGGUUGGGUCUUCUCCGGUGGUUACAGUUGGGAAAUGGUGUUUUCCGUGGAGUUUGUGGCUACAUUGUGAGCUUCUACUCUUCUUCGAACCUGAUCUCUCUGCCUCAGCCUCCUCUGCCUCUUCAGAUUGGAGCAAUCUAGUUCAUAUCCUUUUCCACCGUCAUGCAGUCUAGUUUCUAGAUUCACUGUGAUGGAUGCCUUUGAGUUUUCCCCAGGAGGCGGC